AUGAAGAGCACAUUUCCUAGCAGAGGGAGUAGCAUACCCACCACCUUCAACCCAGGUUCCAAUGGCAGCGUGGACGCUGGCAGCCUGCCACCGCCCGCCACUUCACCCAAAGACAGGCUGGUUGUAGGUGUUGACUUUGGGACCACAUACAGCGGCGUUGCUGCCGUGUACAGCGCAAAUCCUGACGAUAUUGACAUCAUCAAGACUUGGCCCGGUGGAAAUGGUAUCACCUCCGACAAGGUCCCUACAGAGAUUGGCUACACCGAACCGGCCCUGCAACGCGACUCCACUGCCUCGCUCAAUGCGCUAACCAAGCCCGCGCCGACCAUCAAAUGGGGCUUCCAGUUCAAGCCAGACGAGACGCGCCUUCGGUGUAUCAAGCUCUUCCUCGACCGAAAUCAGAAGCUUCCGCAUUAUGUAUCGCCUCUGGACACGGCUGCCCAGCUGCGCAAGCACGGCAAGACAGUUAUUGAGGCAGCCACCGACUACCUGUCGCAAAUAUACAAGCAUACCAUGGAGACCUUGACCCGGAGAUAUGGCGAGGCUUUUAUUAGUUUGACCAAGGUCGAGUUUGUCCUGACGGUACCUGCUGUAUGGUCAGACGCGGCCAAGGACGCGACUCUAAAGGCUGCCGAAAAGGCUGGCAUGGGCAACAGACAUGAACUGAAGCUCAUAUCUGAACCCGAAGCGGCUGCCGUAUAUACGCUCAAGGCCAUUCAACCAAACCACCUCAGGGCCGGCGACAACUUCAUUGUAUGCGAUGCUGGAGGCGGCACGGUUGAUUUGAUUGCCUACAAGAUCAACCAGCUAUUCCCUUUGCGCGUUGAAGAGUCGGCUGUUGGAACUGGUGGUCUCUGCGGCUCUACUUUUAUCAACUACCGCUUCGAAGAACACGUCAAGCAACGGAUUGGAGCAGAGCGGUACACAUGGAUGCGCGAGAAGAAGCAAAAGACGUGGAACAUGGGCUUGAAGUAUUUCGAAGAAUUCGUCAAGCGCAACUUCAACGAGGAGGAACACAGUGAAGUCAACAUUCCCUUCCCGGGUCUUCCAGACGAUGAAGAGGCGGGGCUGGAUUCCGGGUUCCUGGUCAUGAGUGCCGAGCAAGUCAAGGGUCUAUUUGAUCCAGUCAUAGAAGAGGUCAUACAUUUAGUAGAAGGUCAAGUCGAGAAUAUAAGGCAAAAAGGAGGUUUGGUGUGUGGCAUCAUAUUGGUCGGAGGGUUUGGACAGAGCAAUUACCUCUACAGUCGGAUGAAGUCACACUUCAACAGCGCGCCACCGCCACCAUAUACCGAGAGGGCAACCCAUUACGUCGCCCCGGAAGUGGCCCAGUCUAUUGAGAUUUACCAACCCAUACACGCAUGGACCGCUGUCGUGCGCGGCGCCGUACUGAGAGGUCUGGAGGGCAACAUGGUUAUCAGCCGACGAAGUCGCUGGCACUACGGCACAAGCUACGCAACUGUUUUUGACGAGUCCAAACACCCCAUCUCCGACCGUUACUGGAGCCCGCUGUGGGAGCGGUGGAUGGUAUCUGACCGAAUGCAAUGGCACAUUGCAAAGGGCGCCCAAGUAUCCGAAUCUCGUCCUAUAUCCUUCCACUACACCCGCAACUUUCGCCCCGGGCAAUCCCUCGUUGUAGAAGACGACCUCAUCGCCUGCGAUGCUGACGUUGCUCCAGACUCUCUUACCAAGGAUCUCAUCAACGUUUGCACACUCACCACUGAUUUGAAUACCGUGCCUAAAAGCUUGUUUACCCGUCUGAAAACGACAAAGGGAGUUGAGUUUGAUAAUCUGGAUUUUACACUCGACAUGCGGUGUCAAAGUGCAGGGUUGGUGUUUGAACUCAAGGUCGAAGGGGUACGGUAUGGGAGUGUUGAGGCAAAGUUUCAUUAA